AUGUCCUCUCGCUACCACCAAGCCGCCAGUGACAGCUGCCUGGAGCUGCUGAAGGAGGCCACCAGGAGAGACCUGAACUUCUCUGACGAGGAUGGCAUGACGCCCACGCUCCUGGCCGCCUACCACGGGAACCUGGAAGCCCUGGAGGUCAUCUGCAGCAGAGGGGGGGACCCCGACAGAUGCGACAUCUGGGGGAACACGCCUCUGCACUACGCCGCCUCCAACGGCCAUGCCCACUGCGUGUCCUUCCUCAUCAACUUCGGCGCCAACAUCUUCGCCCUGGACAACGACUUCCAGUCCCCGCUGGACGCCGCCGCCGGCAGAGAGCGGAGCGAGUGCGUGGCUCUGCUGGACACGGCGGCCACCGCCCAGGGCAUCUCGAACCCCAGGAAGGUGGCCAGGCUGAAGGAGCAGGCCCAGAAGAACGCCCGGCGGCAGGUCCGAGAGUGUGAGCGGCGCCAGCAGAAGCACCAGAGCAAGAUGGCCCGCGCCCCCACCAGGGAGGAGGCGGGCACCCUCUCCUCUUCCAGGGGCAUGCUCGCCGGGUCCUCCCUCUCCGGCGCCGCUGCCGCCAGCGUGCUCGGGUCGCUGUCCAAGGGCAUUAAGGGCACCUUCAAGAUGCAGUUCAGGAAGAACAAGGGCACGGCACCGAGCGGGCUGGGCGGCCGGGACGGGCAGAGGAACGUGAUGGAGGUGUUCGGCGAGGAGGAGGAGGGCGCAGUCUCAGGGGAGGCUGGAGAGAAGCUCCCGGCAGAGGACAGCUGUGCCCAGCACGAGUCCAUUCUCAGCCGCCCAGGUCUCGGCAAUCUCGUCUUUAAAAGGAACAGGCUGGCGAGCCCAGAAGACAUGUCAGACGACAGGAGGGAGCUGGGGUUUAACGUGGUCAGUGAGUUGUUUCGGCAACAAGGAGCGGCGCAGGCUGAGGACGCAGCGGCCGAUGAGGAGGGGGACGGAGACAGCUGGGAGGGCGCCUUGCCGUGGGAGGAGGAGGCGGUGGAGUGGGAGGAGGACGUGGUGGACGCCACGCCCCUGGAGGUGUUCCUGCAGUCCCACCACCUGGAGCAGUUCCUUCCGUUCUUCAUGAGGGAGCAGAUGGACCUGGAAGCUCUGCUGCUUUGCUCCGACGAGGACCUUCAGAGCAUACAAAUGCAGCUGGGCCCCAGGAAGAAGGUUCUGAACGCCAUAAACACAAGGAAGCAGGUGCUCCAGCAGCCUGGCCCACUGGUGGACACCAGCCUGUGA